AUGGUCCAGGUGCAAGAGCUGCUGGAGCGGAAGCUCCCGAAUGUCGGCAUGCCCUUCGACGCUCGAGGCCGUACUGUGGCUCCCCGGAUACGAGCCAGAAGAGUGGACCCGAAUUAUCAUGCAGCCACUGCGCGGACAAGGCUGGGCCUUUUGGACUUUGCAGCCCAUUUAUACCCUGGCGACCAGUCCGGUAGGGCCAUGCAGGCAGAAGCUGCCAAUGGGCUCCCAGGCACGUGCUGCCACAUUCCAGCCACUUGCAGCUUUGCCUCGUCUAGAAGUUUCAACCGAGCCAUCAUGCAGAGAUCUUCAAGGGUAGGCAGCUGCCUGCAAGUAGCUCCAGCUAGAUCUGAUGAAUGCCCGCCGGAGCUGCACGAGGCUGGAGCGCGCAGGAACUUGGCUCGCCACGAUCAUGCUGUUUUCGUUACAGCUACAGGCCGGUUGCCGUGGCUGUUCAAGGACCGAAAGUUCGGGCAGAUGACCUCAAGGACCACUUUGCAUCCACCUGCACACACGUGGCCCCUCGAACUUGCAAAGCUUGUUGCCCAGAUUCUCAGAGUCGGAAGCAGUCACGGAAGUCUGCAAAGGGCAGGCCAAGUCUUUUUUGCAGGGCUGGGACAGCUUUGCGCUGUCAGAGGUGGUCUUGGAAAGGAGCAGCGUCUCGCGGAUGCUGAAGCCCUCUUCAACGAUGCCCGCCGUGCAAGAAACUCACCGCCAUUACAUGCCCGAUCGACAUCCGAUCCCACGGUCUGCGAUCUUCCGUUUUGGGGGCCCACGCGGCAGGGCUGGAACUGGCUGAGCUGGAUGGCUAGUGGGCUGGAGGAUGUUUUAGCGAGGGGCACAGUGUUUGGCCGCCGGCUCGGGCGGCGCAGCUUGCAGCUGCCGUUGAGCAAGGUUUUCUCCAUUCUGCACUUGCAGAUCAUGCGGAGGCCCCUUGUGCCUGGCCAUGGCAGCAUAGCAAAGCUUCUGCGAAAUAAGUGUUUCAAGAAAGGUGACCAAGCGAGGAAUGCACAAGGAUGUGCAGUCAUAGGCAGAGGUGUUGUUGGAAGGGUUUCUGAUGCAAAAGCGCCGCCACCUUUAGCAAGCCGCUGGAUAGCCGCAGUGUUUGGCAACCGGAGCAGGCGUUUCUCCAUUCUGCACUUGCAGAUCAUGCGGAGGUUCCCUGACGGCUGGGACAGCUCUGUGCUGUCAGAGGUGGUCUUGGAAGGGCGCAGCGUCUCGCGGAUGCUGGAGCCCUCUUCAACGAUGCCCGCCGUGCAAGAAACUCACCGCCAUUACAUGCCCGAUCGACAUCCGAUCCCACGGUCUGCAAUCUUCCGUUUUGUGGGCCCACGCGGCAGGGCUGGAACUGGCUGA